GGGUUUGUGCCGACGUAUUUUACUGUGCGGAAAGACGAAGUGGUUUAGCUGAGGGAUUCUUCAUCGAGCUAAGGGAAUUGAAAUCUGAAGCAAUGAUAGACUCUUUUCCUGAGGAAAUCAGCCAUGAUAUCCUAUCCAGACUACCUAUUAAGUGUUUGAUCAGAUGCACCUCGGUGAGCAAGCCAUUGUUGUCCAUUAUCAAAAACUCUGGUUUUAUUCGCACCCACCUCAGACGUAGACAUGAGACUCUACUUCUACUACAUAGCAGGUGCUACAGAGCUUCCAUGCAUGAGGGAACAGAAGAGGUUUACCGUUUGCAUUGUGAUAAUCCUGCUUUUGAUGAGUAUUGUAGGAUAGAUUUUCAAGUUGACCGCAUGGUAGACCCGAUAAAUGGGCGUUUCCGUGUGGCUGGCAUUUGUGACGGGCUAGUGUGCCUGGCGGAUGAUUUAAUAUCUAAAGCUUUAAGCUACAUAAUAUGGAACCCAACAAUAAGAAAGGCAGUGAUGCUUCCCCGGCCUGGUUUUACCUUCACCACUCAUGGUCCUUUUGAAGAUUCUAUUGGGUUCGGGUUUGAUGCUAUGACCAAUGACUACAAGGUUGUUCGACUUGUCACUCUUGAGAAUCUUGUAGAUGAAGAUGCGGAAAAUCCAACUGUAGCUGAGGUAUAUUCACUAGCCACAGGCUCGUGGAGAAGUCUUGGUUCUGUUGGUCUUCCAUGCAAAAUAUUUUGUACAAGACCGCAUGCUUUCUUCAAUGGGAACAUUCAUUGGGUUGUUCAUGCUGUUGCUUCCUUCUAUUUCAUUUUGGCAUUUGAUCUUGAUAGUGAGUCAUUUCGCAAGAUAUUGAUACCAAUUGGUACCGAAUUGGGCUUCAAUUCUCGAGUUUCUGUUACAGGAGAUGGGAAAUAUCUUGCUUUGUUCACGUGGUAUAAUGAUAAGAAUGAUAUUAGUUAUCUUGAUAUUUGGGUUAUGAAAGAGUAUUGCCAGCAGGAGUCCUGGACCAAAAUGAUAACUCUCGCUCCACAAGGUCCAGAAGGAAGUGUGCGCCCCAAGCCAUUUUGUUUUAGAAAGAGCGGUGAAGUAUUUUUGGAACUAAGAGAACCAUAUUUCUAUCGUCGAUAUCAAACAUUAGUUUCACUUGACCCUGUGAGUCAACAAAUGAACAAUGUUGAUAUUCUUGAUUGUGAGUGUUAUUCUCUUGAUUCUUAUGAAGAGAGUCUUGUUUUACUCGACGUGGAAAAUGCAGUUUCCUGUUGAGAAAAAGAACAGGCCAGGUUAGGUUAUUCUCCGUGCAUGUGUCUUUUGUCAUACACAUGCCUCUAGUUUGGUCACUUGAAUAAUUUUUUAUAUUUUCUGCACAUUUUCUUUCUAUUCUUUUUAAUAUAUAGAUUGCAUCUUCAACUUACUUGCCUGGAAUUUUGUUAAACGAUUCAUUGAUGUCUUUUAAGUUUGAACCACCUAUCUUUUGCUUAACCUUUACAUAUUUGUUUACACCAGUAGUGCAUAUCUAGCUCCCUGAAUACGCCACUGUUCACAGCCAAUUACAUCAAGAAAACUUAGAAACUGGUUUUGCUGGCAGUUUUAUUCCUGCAUUGUGUUAAAUCUUAAUUGUUAACAUCAGUCACUCAACUU